CGCCAUGAACUCCAGUCCUCUGCCCGGUUCCCCGCUCUAUGUCUUUACAGAUGCUUCCGCCAAAGAUGACACUCCAGAAAAUAUCGCUGAGGCUGUUACAUUUGCUCAGGCAACGGGGCUGACCAUAAACUUUUUCACGACGGGAUUACGCCUAUGUGGAAAGUCUUCUUACAAGCCGUUUGAAGACCUAGCUAGAGAAACCUGUGGUCAAAUGCUUUAUCUCCCCUCUAGCUCAAAGCUAAAUCCUCUCCUCCAUAACUGGGAUUUCGCUGACAGGAACAACAUGCCUCUGCGGUGGAGGUGGUGCCAACAGCAGUGGUAAAAGGAAGAGAAGUACAACCAGAGAGUAUACAAUCCCUGUCGACGACUCAAUCGAAAAGAUCAUUGUAACAGUAACCACGGAAAACACGGGCCACAAAAUCACCUUAAAGGAUCCUUUGAGGCACGUUGUUUCCUCGGGAAAAAUUCUUUUUCCUCGAGGGGCUUUGUAUGAAAUUAAUGGCCCUAGGCCUGGAUCGUGGAAAUUGAGUAUCUCUGGUACAGGGAAGCACACGUACCUGGUCAAAGGAUCCAGCAAAACAAACAUCGACUUUGACUUCUUCUUUGUGAUGAUUCCAAGCUAUGGAAGAAAUAGGAAGCCGAUACCUGUUUCUCACCCUCUACUUGGUGACACUGCGCAUGUCGUUUUGAUAGUCACGGAAGCAGAAAAAAUCGAUGGAUCGUCUCUUACCAUCGCCCUUCUGAGCAUGGAUGGAAAGCUUCUUGGUACAGCCCCUGUUAAACCUGUUGGAACUAGUGGAGCCCAUUUCUCGGCUUCGUUCACUCCCCCGUCUGUCCCUUUCAAACUUAUGUUGAAAGGAAAGACGAAGAAAGGCAACCAGUUUGAACGCAACUCUCACAGUGUCGCUAAACCGAGCAACGUGCUGAUCCGAGUGGCGUACGCCAAAGAAGAAUACACAGUUCCAGUAAAGGGAAAUGGAUUUGUGAUGUUUAUCGUCCACAACAAUGGUCCAACUGAAGUCUUUGACAUCGAUGUCAAGGACACGGAGAAGUUCCAGCCAACGCUUACCCGCUCCACCAUCACAGUUCGUAAAGGUCGAACCAGUUUCUUUUCCGUCAGCUUCAAAGCAAAGAGCCCAGCGUACCCAGGUGGCACUAAUGCAGUGCUGGUAACUGUAACUGGAAAAACAUCAAAGACCACGGCUGGCCAUGUUGUGACUUUGAUGGUGACUUAAACUGCAUUGCCUGUGAAUGCUCUGACUGCGAAAAGAAAUUGGAAUGGAUAAUGGACUCUGACUUUGAACACUGAUCAGUUUUUAUUUUAUUUUAUUUGUUGUUUUUGCUUUUGGCUAUUUCUCAUGCUUUGCUUGCUUAAAUGUAGCCCGUUCCAAGCUUUAAUGAAGUUCCAAGUGGACCGCCUUUUAGGGUGAAGGAAUAUAGUGCAGGAUAAACUCGAAGAUUAUCUGGGAAGAAAUGUCCACUUCUGUGCCAUCUGGUCUAAAAGUUUUCAAUAGGCUACUCAGAGAAAUUUUGUCAGUUAUUUUAUUUUUGCGUAAAAUGGGGUAAGAUAAGUACUCAUUAUAAACUGUGGGCGAAAUUAAACAAUUAUAAACGAUAACUUGUUUCACCUGAGAGCCAAUCGAAUUGGUAAUAAGCAAUCUUUUUCAUCCAGAAGAGAUGUGUCAGCAGACAAUAGACCUUCACUAAAAUUUGCAGUAACAAAAUCAGACAAGUUUGAGAAUAUUUCCUGAUUAACCAGUCUUUAAAGAUCAAGUUUUGCAACUAAGUGGAAACACUCAAAGAAAGUAACGAACUUGGCAACUCUUCAACAAGCAAAUAUUGAUUGGGAAUCAGUCGCUAUUUUUAGUAAUAGCUUAAUUCGUGUCAGGAGCUGAUGAUUCGAUAAUGGUUAACAUGAAGGCUGAAACUGGCUAGUUUAUUAUAUAUUUUUACGAUAUUGAAAUGUUGUGUGGUGACGGGAUAUUUUGGAAAUUUGUACUUGGAUUUUUUUUAAUCUUAUAACGUGUAUUAAUGAAACAGGUUUUACUGACAGGGAUAAAAUGGUGUAAAUUAGGGAUUGCUUGGGCUCCUCGCGUUUUUAUUUGCUUAAUUUGGUUUAUGAAUAAAGUUCAAGGGAGUUAAGAACGUA